GAGGUCCAGUAAGGAAUGACACAAGAUCCUUGCAGAAGCCAAGCCUGAGGACAGAGCAAAAAGUCGGUCCCUGUGACAGAACCCUUUCGUUGUCCGGCCAGUAACUAGCGAACAGCAGCCGUCUUGCGGUGAGACAGCUGCCUUGUUGACACUUGAUCGUGGCUCUCUGCCUUCCGGAUGGACGACGAUACAUGGCACUGCUGCAGAAUAGCGGGGUCCAAGCCCACGCCGCCCGAGGCAACCCGUCACGUUCCAAAUUGAGUUCCAAGGAACCUGGAAGUCAAGGCGACCACCGGGCAACCUCUGGCCUUGCUGAGUCAAGCCCGGCGAUUUCUCAUCAGUCAGAGAUUCGAAAUCCAUCGAGCCACUUCGGCCGACGCAGUAUUCCAUACGCUUCAUCUUGGUUUUCCUGGCCGGUCUGGAUUGGCACAUGGGCAGUGUCCUCCAGUUACAUCGUCCCAUGGCCCUGCAGUCAGCCCUACCAGUGCCAGGUUCUCGUCUCGCGGGGGGCCAAUGCAAGCCCAAGCGGGCAGUGGCUUUCCGGGAAAGCGGGACUCGGCUGUCUUCAGAUCAAUGUUACUCCAGAUUCGACCUCUGCAGGAAGAUGCAGCAAAGAAGGCGGUUUGCCAUUGGGCUGGCCGACUCCGGGCCUGAACCCACAACAUAUGGGUGACUCGUGGGAAAUACGCAGCUGGACCAGACUGCCGGAGCGUCUUGUAAACUGCCUUCGACUUUCCCAGUACCUUCCUGCCGUGGAUCGGACAUCAGCACUACCAAAGUCAGCUUUUGAACAUAGCCUCGUCACGCCGCACGCCAAAAGAUGACCCCAUCCGCCUGCCGCAACCGCCUCGCAUACCGGCUCUGUUUCGUUCUAUUCACUUUGUCUGCAGUUCUGCCGUCAUCCACAGCGGAGGGAUCCCGGCCCACCAACUCCCGUCCUCGACGUCACCGCUUGGACUCUCCAAGUCGCACGC